AUGAAUAUAAAGAAUGAUAUACCAAUUAUUUAUUUAAUUUAUUUAGAAACAAAUAAAAAAGAUAAAAAAGUACAAAAUGAAAAUGACAAUUAAUUAAAUGAUAAAGAUGCUUAAUUUGAAGAUUGUUUAUGGGACUUAGAUAAAGUAGAGCUUUUAAAAAAUAGUGAAUAAAGUUAAACAAAUUUGGAUUAAAAAUCAUUCAGGUUUGGAUACCCAGAUUAUAAAAAAGGUAUAAGAUUUAUUUUAAAAAUAAGCGCUAUAGCGAGUAGAAUAUUUAGUUACAGAAUAGUAAUAGUGUCUUUAAAUUCUUUAAUAAAACUAUAAUUAUGUUGGCUUUACGACUUGA